GCGAAUGAGCACAGCCAUUUACAGGACUCUGGUUGGGUGUUGGGCACGGGUAAAUGUGCCCAAUACUGGGGCAGGCGUCCGGACGAAGCGGCCCAUUGAGGCUAUUGACCAUUAUCCAACGCGGGGCCAACAAAGGACGAAUCGUGGCCGAAAUCAUCCAGGGUGGAGAUGGAUCCGGUCAAGGGUGCAGGCCGCAAUUUAAGCUUUACUGACACCUGUGAUGCAUUGCGAAUAUGUAGGAGGCAUGUAGCGUAGGGGAUCUGCACCCGC